UGCUCAGGCAAGGCACUGGCACUGCCACACUCAUGUACGAGAUAGAUGUUGCACGCUGCCGUGAUCCUGAAACUCACAAACAAACCUACAUCACAAAUCCUUGAUUGCUGUACAUCAAUCUACACUCGUUUUCGUACAGCUUAACCACCUCACAGACUCACUCCCGUUCACAAGAUCCACAAUGGCGUACAGAGACAAUGACGAUGAUGCCUCUCGCCUCCCCGAGGGCUACGAGCGCGUAGGGUACGACGCCGACACGCAGGUGUACACAUUCAAGUCUCCAGAGGGCGAGCUGUACGAGUCGGCGCCGGGCAACCGGUACGGCGAGCUGUGGCCGGUCGGGCAGCGCCCGCAGUACAGCGAGGCCGAUAUCGAGGCAAACAACCAGAUCAUAGAGAGAGGCAACAUGGAGAGCGUGCGCAUGAUGCUGCCGUUCGCGCUCAUCAUCGUAGUGUUCUUCGUGCUGGUCAUCCGGGUGAUAGGAUAGACCGGCGCUGCUGGACAUGCAGCUCGAUCGUGGCAGGCCGACGGUCGAGCAUUCGAUAGCAAUUGCAAUAUGAUUCUCCAAC